AUGUUCUCUCUUGGCCUGGAGCAAGGAGGGGAAGGGUGGAGAUGGAGACGUAGGUUGUGGGCUGGGGAGGAGAAUUUAUUAGAGGAGCUUAGGGCUUUACUGCUGGAUGUUUCUUUGUUGCCUAAUGUUUCAGACAGAUGGUUGUGGUUACCUGACCCUUCGGGGGGUUAUGCUGUCCGAGGAGCUUAUGAUCUUUUAACAGAGGGUGCCAAUCCUCUUAUAGAAGACGCUUUGGACCUAGUUUGGCAUCAUCAGGUCCCCUUGAAGGUCUCGAUUUUUGCUUGGAGACUUCUUCGGGAUCGUUUACCUACAAAAGCAAAUUUGGCAGCUCGUGGUGUUCUUAAUUCAGAGGCGACUCUUUGUGAUACAAGAUGUGGUCAUGUUGAAACAGCCGAACAUUUAUUUUUAUUUUGCCCAAAUUCUGUUUUAUUGUGGCAGCAGGUGCGCAAUUGGCUAGGUUCUAUGGGGGUGGAUCCUAAUAAUCUUCCUGAUCAUUUGGUGCAGUUUACUUAUUUGAUAGGUGUUGGUAAAGCUAAACGUUCCUUUCUACAACUAAUCUGGAUUAUGUGUACUUGGAUUGUGUGGAACAAACGUAAUAAUCGCCUGCUUAAUAAUGUUGUAACGGAUGUGAUGAGUCCAGUAUUCCAAAAAUGGGUAUUUUCCCUCUAA